CGGGCGGUCCUAGGUCCUAGUUGUGGGGCGGGUCCAUGUACUGGGGAAGCGUGCUCGAAUUUGAAUUACGGCAAAAGCUAACAACUUGUUAACUUAUUGGUGUAUUGCUCCGCCACAGAACGUACAGAGACUAUUGCUAUACUGUAUAGCUUGUCGUUUAGUGAAAACUCCUUAAGUUCGUAUGUGUCCGAUAUUUGCUGAGCAUCACCGAAAAGUUUAAAUCGCUUGAGCAUCAGAAGUGGUUGUUUGACGAGAGAGAUUUCUACACUUGCAAUGAAAGCGGGCGUCCUCCACUGCCGUUGUUCAAAAUGUUACUCUGUCCCAACAAGAAAGCGGGUGCGUAAGCGAAAUCCAGCCUUAACCUUGCUGUCUCUGCCAGAGGAAGUCCUCCUCUGUGUGCUCCAGUGUCUCUCUGCUGAGGACCUGUUGUCUGUCAGAGCGGUUCACUCCCAACUGCGGGACAUUGUUGACAACCACUCAAGUGUAUGGGCCAGGGUCAGUUUCAGGGAUACCUGGCCUACACCCAGCACCUUAUGGCUAUUUGAAAGUGCUGCUGAAAAAGGCAAUUUUGAAGCCGCAGUGAAACUUGGGAUUGCUUAUUUGUACAACGAAGGACCAUUGCUGAGUGAUGAGGGGCGAGCGGAUGUGUGUGGUCGCAAGGCCUCUCACUUUUUUAGCCUGGCAGAGAGCUUGCGCUCUCCUAUGGCAGAUCCCUUCAUCUGGGUUUUCAUCCGUCCACCUUGGUCGCCCACUGGCAGCUGCUGCAAGGCUGUAGUGUUUGACCAUCUCAAGGCUGAGUGUGACAACAACGUGGAGAAGAGGGGACCUUUAUUGCACUGUUUGGCCAGAGUUUUGCAGCUUUUUGAGGGUGAUGAAAGAAAAUCUGAGGCCUUAUCUAUGCUGGAGGAUUCUUCUCAGGCUGGCUGUCUACAGAGCUCCUACCUGCUUUGGGAGCAGAACCGUAAACGAGCUAUGGCAGAUCCAGGCAGGUACCUUCAGUGUGUCCGAACCCUUAGGGAUUAUGCUGGAAAGGGCUGCUGGGAGGCACAGGUCUGCCUGGCCAGAGUGUGUAGCAGUGGAAAUCCACUGGGCUUGGAGGCAAAUGCCUGCUCAGAGUUGGUGGCCCAGCUUUUCAGUUCUUCUAAUCCAGCAUCACGGCACUGCUCCCAGAAUAUUCUUAGACAAGGCAUCAAGGACACCAUGAGGUACAUCCUGGUGGAUUGGCUUGUGGAGGUGACCACCAUGAAGGACUUCUCCAGCCUGACACUUCAUGUGACGGUGGACUGUGUGGACCGGUACCUGGCUUUGCGCUCUGUCCCCAAGGCUCGCCUUCAAUUAUUAGGCAUCGCCUGCAUGGUAGUUUGUACACGUUAUAUCAGUAAAGAAAUCCUGACCAUACGUGAAGCUGUGUGGCUCACAGACAACACAUACAAAUAUGAGGACCUGGUGCGAAUGAUGGGAGAAGUCGUCUCGGUGCUGGAGGGAAAGAUCAGGAGCCCCACCCUGCUGGACUAUGGGGACGUGCUUCUGUCUCUGCUCCCUCUUGGGAGACGGACCACUCACCUGUUCAGCUACAUCUGUGAGCUGUCACUGCUCUACUCCGCUCUCGCCACACCACCACCAGCCAAACUGGCCUGUGCUGCUCUGCUGCUUACACGAGCACUACAUCAUUAUGCGCCGCUGUGGCCAAGCCAGUUAGCUGACUACACAGGCUUCUCCAAACAAGACCUCCUCUCCCUGUCGGUGCUGCUCUAUGUCAAGUGUUUUAGCCCAGAUGUUCCCAAAGAUUACAGGCAUGUGUCACUUACUGGAGUCAAGCAACGAUUUGAAGAUGAGGCCUACCAGCGUAUCAGCAAAGAAAAGGUCAUGGACUUUAAAGAGCUGUGCCAGAUCUUGGAGAUUCCCGAGGUGGAGCCUCAGAUGGAGCCUCCCAGUCCCACCGGUCAACCAGCUGAUAUUCACACCUUCCUUGCCUCUCCAUCCAGCACCAGCAAGCGGCGACGCGAUGACAACAUGCAGGCCCACAGAGCCAGCUUCGUGGCAACGCCCACGGCGGAGCUGUCCAAUCAGGAGGAGACGCUGCUAGGGGACAUCCUGGACUGGAGCUUGGACACUUCCGUUUCUGGUUACGAGGGCGACCUGGAGGAAGAGAGCGAGGGAGAGAAAGAUGCAGAUUCCUCCAUGAUUUCCAUCAAACUCGAUGCGCUGAAUGAUUCAGACAGAGGACCUGAGCACUGCAGAGCCCUGUCCAGUGAUGAAGACAGUUUGUGUGAAGCCGAAACGGACGCGAACAAGAACGGCCUCUCUUCCUCUGCAGACAUUCACAGUUCUGGAUACUCCUCUGUCCAGAGCGUGAGCCCCUCUUCCACAUGCUCUUCCUCCUCCCUCGUGCUAUGCACAUUCAAGACCUUUACGCCAUGCGUGGGUGGGCCUUCUGCUAAUGCCCUGCCUGGCUUCCGCCUUUUGGUGCCCAUGCAAAGACCCCGGGGCACCUCCAGCAAACAAGUAAAGAGGAAGAACUCUGCAGCUCAUAGUGGCAGUGAGGUGAAAAGAGACGAAGAAGAGGAGGAGGAUGGGAAAGGGAAUGAGUGUUCUCUCAACGAGGGGUUUCUGAGCCUAUAGAUGAUGGUUGUUCACCUGCUCAGUCAUUAUCCUCAGCACUUUUCUCAUGUUUUCAAGUCUGUUCGUUUCCUCACGUCAGUCUGUACUGGCCUGUAAAUAGUCAGUAGAUCAAGAACGUUCAUGCUUUAAGUAAGGGAAAAAAAAUAUCUAAAUUAUGUACUGGCCUUUUCUGUAUGAUGCAUUUCAUUUACACGUUAACAAGCGUGGCAUGGUAAAAUACCUCCCAUGAACCCAGACUCAGUCAGCUCUGAAACCACUGGAACGUGACUUGACUUUCCUCAGGACCCUGGUGCAGUGUUUGCCAUUUCUCUGGUUUUAAAUCCUCUUACAACAAACCUAUCUCAGAUCACAUUAGUGAUAGUUGUAAACAAAAUCAAACCUCAUUGACUGGUUUUGACAAUAAGGUCUGUUUUAAAGAAAGAUAUUUUUCAUGGUAUAAAAAUUGUUGGCUAUGUUAGUAUCUGAUGUGCACUGUCUGUACAAGAAUCUUUUUGUAAGUGGCGAGUUCAUUAAUAUACAUAUAUCUAGCUGAUAUAAUCGCCUGCAUCUGAAGCCUGAAACAUGAAUGUAUGUUCUUCAUGUUACUGUGGUGUUGUCAUUUGUGUCUUUAGGGGCAUCUGCUAAAAGCAACAGGGCUGUGAAAUGAGUUUUUUUAGUAGUCUGCAUCUUCUAUAAAUGUGUUGAUAGUUGUGCUGAUGAACAUUUCUUGUCAGUGUUAAGACCUGUAGCGCACUACUACCAUCAGGGACACCAGAUGUGUGUUGAGAUGUACUUUACCCCGUGUUCCAACAUCUACAUAAGACUGAGCACUUUUAUCAUCGCAGGAGCGCAAGUCAGUGAAUACACCAACUUCUAAAUAUGCUUGAACAAUCAAUAUUUAAGUGUUUUAAAUAGUUUUUGCUGUCUUGCCUCCUUGGGUAGAAGUGGAAAUUCAGACACUAAAAGAAAGUUCUUCCUUAAAUGGGGGUUUAGAAGUACUGUUUGCCUGGUUUCAUAUGGAGUUUAUGGUGUGUAGAUGUUUGUAACAGACUGUAAAUACAUGUUAACUGUUACUCCAGGCUGGUUUUUGCCCUGUGUUUCAUACAUGUACAUAGUAUUAUAUGUAUAAAUGGGAAAAAGACAGAGUAGGCCACUAUUACUUGAAACUGUUUUGUUUCAUUCUGAGGGAGUAUAUUUUAUUUUUUUAAUUGAGUUUUUGAUGUUUUCUCAUUAGACCUGAGAUGUGAAUGUAUAAUAAUUCACCUCAAAUAAAACAAAGCAUCAUGGUG